AUGAGCCUUACAGCUAAGGACAAAGCACUGGUGAAAUCUUUCUUCACCAAAAUCGCACCGAAGGCGGAGGACAUCGGUAAUGAGGCGCUGUCCAGGACCCUCUUCGUCUUUCCCCAGACGAAGACCUACUUCUCCCACUGGAAAGACGUGAGCCCCGGGUCUGCCGCUAUCCGUAAGCAUGGAUUGACUGUCAUGACAGGCUAUAUGGAUGCUGUUGAGAAAAUAGAUGAUAUCGCGAACGGCCUUCUCACCCUGAGCGAGCUGCAUGCCUUCACGCUGCGUGUGGAUCCUGCCAACUUCAAGAUCAUAACCCACAAUGUGCUUGUGGUGAUGGCAAUGUUUUAUCCCGAGGACUUCACCCCCGAAGUGCAUGUGGCUUGUGACAAGUUCUUUGGCAAAGUUAACCUGGCUUUGUCCGAGAAGUACCGUUAA